AUGUCGUCGCAACAAGAUGUCAACGCUCUGCUGCAUAACAUGCGGCAGCAGAUCUUGGCAUUGACCAAUCAACUCGCCGAGCUGCAGGCAAAUCCCCCUGCAGCAACCCCCUCAGUUGGGAAGAAAUUCAACAAGAAAGUCGAAGUCAUCAAGCUCCAGAUUUGGGUUAAGGCAAAUUGGGACGCUGUCGAUGAUGAGAACUGCUGUUAG